GAGGAAAACGCACCAAACUGCGGCGUUGGAAUUUUCUGGUUCUUGAUUAAAAGUCGCCACUUCUGAAUUGCCAGCCAUUUAUCAAUUCGCUCUUCACACUGCAAAGCAUUUUCGUCUACUUGGUUUGCUUUUUUCCAUCAUUUCCCCAAAUCUUCCUCCACUUUAGGUACUUUAUCGCCGUGCGCUGAUCAGCUGUUCUAUCAAUUUCAGUUUUAUUUCGUUGUUUUUGAUACCAAUUAGAACUCUCGGUGGUUAACUUUGGUUUGCCUCUCGAUUGAAAUUUGGUCGUCGUGAGCAAUGGUAUUCUAUAGGAGCGUCUCUCUGUUAUCCAAGCUGCGUUCGCGUGGGGUUCAACAGCCAGGUCUCCGCAACUCUGUCCGCUGGCUCCAAGUCCAGACAUCCUCCGAUACUGACCUCCAUUCUCAGCUGAAGGAAUUGAUUCCGGAACAACAGGAGCGCCUAAAGAAGCUUAAGUCAGAACAUGGGAAAGUUCAACUGGGGAACAUCACCAUUGACAUGGUUCUUGGUGGAAUGAGAGGAAUGACAGGAUUAUUGUGGGAAACCUCAUUGCUUGAUCCAGAAGAGGGAAUUCGCUUCCGGGGUUUGUCUAUACCUGAAUGUCAGAAGUUGUUACCUGCAGCAAAGCCUGGAGGAGAACCGUUGCCUGAAGGUCUUCUCUGGCUUCUUUUGACAGGAAAGGUGCCAACAAAAGACCAAGUGGAUUCAUUAUCGAAGGAACUGAGAAACCGUGCCACUGUCCCAGAUCAUGUAUAUAAAACAAUUGAUGCCUUACCUAUUACUGCUCACCCAAUGACUCAGUUUGCAACUGGUGUCAUGGCUCUUCAGGUCCAAAGUGAAUUCCAGAAGGCAUAUGAGAAGGGAAUCCACAAAUCUAAGUAUUGGGAACCAACAUAUGAGGACUCUCUUAGUUUAAUUGCGCAAGUUCCAGUUGUUGCUUCUUAUGUCUACCGCAGGAUAUACAAGAAUGGGCAAGUUAUACCAAUGCAUGACUCCCUAGAUUAUGGAGGAAAUUUUGCACACAUGCUAGGCUUUGAUAAUCCUGCCAUGCAAGAGCUGAUGAGACUUUAUGUCACCAUACAUAGUGAUCAUGAAGGUGGAAAUGUUAGUGCCCAUACUGGUCAUCUGGUUGCUAGUGCCCUUUCUGAUCCUUAUCUCUCAUUUGCGGCUGCAUUGAAUGGUUUAGCUGGUCCACUUCAUGGCUUGGCUAAUCAGGAAGUUUUGCUAUGGAUUAAAUCGGUGGUAGAAGAGUGUGGAGAGAAUGUCAGCAAAGAACAUUUGAAAGAGUACGUCUGGAAAACAUUGAACAGUGGCAAGGUAGUUCCUGGAUUUGGACAUGGAGUUCUGCGCAAGACAGAUCCAAGAUACUCAUGCCAGAGAGAAUUUGCACUGAAGCACUUGCCAGAUGAUCCAUUAUUUAAACUGGUAUCCAACCUUUAUGAAGUAGUGCCACCAAUACUGUUGGAACUUGGCAAGGUGAAAAACCCCUGGCCUAAUGUAGAUGCCCACAGUGGAGUAUUGCUCAAUCAUUAUGGUCUAACGGAAGCAAGAUACUACACUGUUCUCUUUGGUGUAUCAAGAGCUAUUGGCAUUUGCUCUCAGCUUAUCUGGGACCGAGCUCUUGGUUUGCCACUUGAGAGGCCAAAGAGUGUCACUAUGGAAUGGCUCGAAAAUUACUGCAAGAAAGUAGCUUAAGCUUGGAUGUCUUACAAAGACAUAGUCUACUGUAGCAAUUUUCUUAAUAAUUAUUGCUCGCGAAAAGCAAUCUCUUUAUGUGGGGAAAAUGCGCGAUUGUUGCAGAGUUGCAUCUCUAUGUGUGUUUGAUUUGUUUGCUUUUAUCCCCAAUUUUGAAUGUAUUAUAAUGUUUCAACAACUAAUACAUGGACAGAUUAUUGUUUCACCCUAUGUACAAGAGGUCAGUCGCACCAUUUUGAUGUUGCAUGCGCAAUUGGUUGGGUUUAUCUUAUUUGUAACUUGUAAUAAUGAGUAAAUUCUCGCCGACAUUUGAUUUGAUUUUCCAAUUUGAAGCUCAGAUGUCGCAUUCCAGGCUAA